GGCUGUUGACUUGACUAUGGAGAUGUGCGCGAGCUGAAAAAAAAAGAAAGAAAAAACGGCGAUUUCACUGUAAACCCUGAUUGUUUUUUCAUAUAAAUAUGGCGAGUGUGUCCGGUAUAAGUAAGACGAAUGGAGAAUCUUCUUUGGUCGGUCCGUCCGUGAGUUGUUCACGCUUACGGCAAGUUCAAGCUCUCCUGAAGGCUGAUGACGAAACAGUACCAGAUGGCAUUCUCUGCUCACUGGGUAUCGACAGCCGUUAUAAUGAGGGCUGUAGUGAGCUGGCCAGCUACCUUUUCUUUGGUCUCUAUCAACACAGCCAGAAGCAGCUCUGUGAGGACUUUCCUGAGGAGGUGCUAGAUGAUGUGAUCCUUCUCAUAAAGGCAGAGAGUGUGCACCUGUAUUGUAACCCUGUGAAUUAUAACUACUUGCUUCCUUACAUUUCCCACUGGAGGAAUCUGCACCUGCACUGCAUGACUGAAGCUGAGUACGAGGAUGAGGAAGCCGCAGAAGAGUUUAAAAUCUCCAGUUUUGUGUCUAUGGUUGAAGACUGCAGUUGCAUUGGAAUACCCUACAGCUCUCAAAGGCAUGUGCAGAAGUUUGAUAUGUUCAUGUUGGAGAAGUGGCCCAUUAUUCAGGCAUUUGCUCUGGAAGGAAUUGGAGCUGGUGGUUUUUUCACCAUGAAAUACAAGCUGACUGAUAUGAGUGAGAGUCUUUGGGAGAUUUAUACAAGACUAGACCCGGUGUCUUUGGACUAUCUGCUCAGUGAGGAUUUGCUGUUGUUUGAGAAGCAGUGGAGCUGCUUGUUUACCAGUGUGAACACAGAGAGCCUGCUGUCCAUGCAAGAGAUGUCAGAGGCUCAGACUGCAGAGUCAUUCAGAACAUAUUACUCCCAUGGUCUCAUUUCAAGUAAUAUCACAGAUAAAAGUAAAAGUCGGCAGCCAUAUGUGCUGUUUGGGAGUCACUCCUCCAAAGAUGACUUGGAAAGCUACUGCUUCACCUUUCCCUCUGAGGGCCACCAGGUCCGUAACACUGGGCCUUGUGGGAGUUCUGCAAAACACAUGCUGCUCCAGUGUGUGGCUCCUAAAGGCCCACUGACCUGUGCAAGAACAUAUUUCUUUGGCAGAACUCAUGUCCCGUACCUGGGGAAUGAUAAUAGCACCAUGCAGAAGUCACCAGAAGUCAUGCUGCUUACACAGAUCUACACAGCUGCUGUUCAGUCAGUGCUAGCAGGAAUAAAAUGCUUUUCCAUCAACUCCAGCGUUAGCAAGGCAAAGGACGUAGCAGAGCAAACAUUUUAUCUGGCUUUGGAAACCUUUGGGAUGCUUCACUACCGGAGCGCUCUCAGGUCUAAAGCUGUAUUCGGCAUUGAAGCUGUGAACAAUGCGGGCAGAGUUAUACCUCUCAGUGAUGAGCACAGUCGCUUUCUGCUCAAAACUGCCUCCAUGGUAGUGUAUGAUAUUCCAGACCUCCAGUGGGGGGGAGGGAACCUGGGAUCUGUAGUUUUCUCUGAGUCUUUCCUGGAGUCUAGCAUCAUCAUUCAGGAGAGGGAUGGCACGCUUGCAUCAAACAGCUUUUUCACUCUGCUUACCUCUUCAGUCCCUCGCUAUAUUUCCUGGAUGGUGGAUGACUCUGAUGUGAGAUUGUCUGAGCAAGCUCUGCAUUUGUUGAAGGAGCAGAAUGGGACAUGCUUAGGGGUUCCUCUAACAACAAAACACUCAGCGCAGGUGUUUUCUAGCAGUUUACUUUCUACACCUGAAGAAGGCAAGGUGGCAUUUUUCACAGAGGGUUUAUUGAUUGUCCAUCCACAUUAUGGCAUCUUCACGCUGUCCAAGAAUCAUAUCAGAAACAUCAAAGUUUAUGAUGGGGACUCUUUCUCUGCGGUUACCAUGCUAUUUAUUGAGUAUGAGAAAACUCUGCUUCCACACCUUCCUUUUCCUCUACACAGCGCUAACUGCUGUCUGGCCAUCUCUUUGAUUCCCAAAACCAAGGGUUACAAAGACUUUUACUCACAGGUCCUGCAUGUUUGGAAUAAGCCUGAUUCUAAGCUCCAUGUGCAGCAUGUUGCCCAAGACCAGCUGGGUUUGGACCAGAUGAGCAUGUACUCCAGAUUGCUGAAGCUGCAUAAGGCACAUGGUUCAUCAGCAGCAAAUAGCAGAGCAACCCUGAAGACUGCUUAUCCAGACCUGCCGGAUAUGGACAGGUUUCUGAAGCACUUUGCUAUCAGUAGUAGCAUCUGUGAGGAGUCUGUGUACAGUGAACACCUAGCAGUGCUAUUCCCAAACACACACUCCAAAUCAGCUGCUCCUGACUCAGAGCAAAAGGUGAUCAUUUCAAUCAUUACAGGCUUGCCAGGCAGCUAUAAAGAAAGCUUGUGUGAUUUUUUGGUAGAUGUGAAUCAGGAAUGUGGAAGGUGGGAGGUAUACCGCCCUGACCUGGACUCAAAAGAUCUGUGUGUGCCACACCUCCAGCAGUUCCUAAGCAGCCUUGUGGCCAAAAGUGAGACGUAUUUAAAUGCCCCAAGAGUGCUGCUACUGACACCAGGGUACACAGAUGUGUUGGAUAUGGUUCAAGCUGUCAUAUGUCAUCCAGAGCCACUGGUUCAGAGCAGUGUGUGUGUGGGUGCUGUCACAGCCUGUGUCAACCCUCUAACAUCCUUCAUGGAACACAGGCUUUUCUUCCCCAAACUCCUGGAGCAGUGCAGUCAGGGUUUAGUGAAUAAUGUGGUGUUUACGGGUUUGACUGCUGAGCAGAAGCCCCCUCUGUUGAAAUACGUGCAGCAGCUCAUCCGUUCAGCGAAUCCCGAUGCAUCAUUUAUCCUGGCCGAGAGAGGAGCUGUGACCAGAACAGAGGAUAUGCGGCUGAUUCUGAGCGACAGCAGUUUUUAUCAGUCUCAGAUGAUCAGAGCCAGAUACCUGCUCUACCCUGGCUGGUGGGAGGGCAGGUUUGUGUCUGGUUGUGGAUCUAUAUCAAUGUCUCAACACUGUAUACAGUUCAGCCGUCCUCUCGAAAGAUCCUUAUUUCUGCAUUACUGCAAAGGAUUAAAGUCAUCCCUCAGAGGCAGCCCUUUCACAGGAAACAUCUAUCACAUCAGUGGGAAAGUGUUUUUCUCUGACAGUGACAGGUUGUGGGAUGUGAGCUGUAACUCCAUCAGUGAGAGUGUGACUGUGGCUCUUGAUCAGGUCUCAACCCAUAGACCCCAAAUCGCACAAACUAGUUACCUGGUGAUCCAUGGGGUAGGACUCACCCAGAACAGCCUGAAGGACUGGCUCAGACAGUGUGCUAAACAGAAAGUACCAAAGAAAGCAAUGAAGACCAGGCGUAAUCUUAUGCCACAUGAGAUCAGAAAUAUCCAUAUGAAGAGGCACCUGGAGCCACUCCCUUCUGGUUACUUCUAUAACGGCCAUCAGUUUGUCAGUUUCUUUGGAGACAAGCAGAACUUCCAUCCUUUAAUGGACCAGUUUGUAGAGGAAUAUCUGCAGGAGGCCAAUAAGGAGAUUGAGCUCUUUAACAGUGAAGUGGACCUGUAUGCUCCCAGGGAUCUCUUUGACUAGAGUUCUUCCUCUGGUCCUGUUCACACCAGGGUGGGGUUUCACUUCAAGAUAAAUGAUUUCUCCAAUCAGCUGUUCACCCUACUGUUCACGCGAUGUUAAGGGAAUAGUAAGACGGGAGGGAGGGGUUGGCCACUUCAUAAAGCCACACUAUAAUUUCAGGGAACCACUGCAAGUGAAAAUGAUGAGAGAUCUUCACCCAGCUCACUACCACUCUGUACUAUUCCCUGUGGGACAUUCCUUCUGUAAAUAGCACAUUUAGCAUACAAUGGGAAGAAACAGAGUGCAUAUUAAGAUGUGGCAUGAGCUCAUCCAUCCAUCCAUUAUCUGUAGCUGCUUAUCCUGUACAGUGUCACAGGCAAGCUGGAGCCUAUCCCAGCUGACUAUGGGUGAGAGGCGGGGUACACCCUGGACAAGUCUUCAGGUCAUCGCAGGACUGACACAUAGAGACACACAACCACUCACAUUCACACCUACGGUCAAUGUAGAGCCACCAACUAGCCUAACCUGCAUGUCUUUGGGGGAAACCAGAGCACCUGGGGGGAACCUUUGCAGACACGGCGAGAACAUGCAAACGCCACACAGAAAGGCCCCCAUCGGCCGCUGGGCUCGAACCCAGAAGCUUCUUGCUGUGAGGUGACAGUGCUAACCACUACACCACCAUGCCCCUGGCAUGAGCUCAUAUGUAUAUUAAAAUAGAAAAGAAAAAAAAGCAAGCCUUAAGCUAGAUUCAUAAUGGUGGUAGUAUAUUCCUAGGAUCAUCUUCACCAUCUUGCGAUGAUCUCUUUAAAUCAAGCUCCACUAAUGUAUUAAUCUGUUCUCACAUAUACUUAUAACUCUGUAUGUAGGUUUAGUAUUGCUGGGACAUAAGCAUAACAGGUGUAGGUACUCUUCAAUUCUCUCUUUCUAGUAAAUGUCAUUAAAAUGUAUAUAAUGUGAAUAUACUAGUAAGAAGUUCCUGUCGACAGUGCUAUAGCUAGAGAUAACAAUGGUUAGUUCUAGUUCCACUGUAACUUCAGUACCAUUAUCAAAAAAAGUAAGUGCUAGGAUCAUAGCUUAAUGCUAAUAGUGUUUGUCAGCAGGGGCAAACUUAUAAUCAUAGGAGAAGCCUCAGAAGCCCGCAUCCAGGGGAGUGCAGAUGGGGAGACAGAUGUGAUGUUCCAUCAGUUUGUAAACUCCAGCUGUGGAGCUGUGGUGAUCAUCUCUCAUCUAUGGCAGAGUUCAGACAACCAAUGGCAUCAGACUGAAGUAGCCAAAUUAGAAAAUUCCACCGGGGUGGGGGUGGGAUAUGCAGUCGGGGCGGGAUGGUUAGGGAAGGGGCAAUGGUCACACAGAGUUUGAUGGGAAUCGGAGUUUUCAGUUGAGUGGGAGGUUUGGCUGUAGAAUGAAUUUGUAAUGUGUCACAACAAGGAAAAGCCUUCUCUUAAUGUGAGAUGAAAGCUUUCUUGUCAAGCCUAUUUUCCAGUUAAUGCGUGUAGGGGUUGAGGAGAGUCAUCUAUUAACUUUCUUUGACUAAAGUGUGGUUAAUGUGUGUGUGUUAGAGCGUGUAGUGGUGAAUCUAAUGUGUCAUGUUUGCAGGCAGAUUUAGCUCUUCACCUCUGGUCUCACUCCUCUAUGCAUGUUUACUCAAACUAAAUACACACAGCAGGGGAGAAGCAGUGUCAUGCUCAAACAUACAUUCCGAUAUUUGACCUUGCGUCUGUAAGACAAGUAUUAAAGAAGUCAAAAGUAUAAUGCUUCUAAAGUGAAUAUAUAAAAGAAAUGUUUGUGUGAAAGGGGGUGGGGAUGCACAAAGACAUUUAGACACUGCUGCUCCUCUCUGUGCUGCAAGAAUAAAAGGUAUGGUAGUGUAAUUCUAUAUGUGUGUUAGCACUCUGUGCGCGCUAGCAUAUCUCUCACCAUAUCCAGUAUAAGAGUAUGUAACAGUUGCUGUGGUCAUUAAUAUGCUAGAGAGGUGGGUUGCUGUUGCCAUGGAGAUUUACAAUAUGGCACAUUUGCCACUGUCACCAUGGAGACUUACCACUUCGUACCUUUUUAGCAAUCAAACACCGUUUGCUUCAAGAUAGCACAGUUGUCUUAGCAUAAACUCUGUAAGUACAGGUUAUUAUGAGGAUGUGUGCCCACUGUGUAGUAAAAGGUGAAGUCAGACCAGCUCACACCAAGUUGACUGAUGGAGCUUUUUCACUGAGCAGUUGCUCUGAGAUUUAGACCAUUUCUGUUGCAUCUCAGACACACAGAGCAGCUGUUCUGGGACUAUGGGGCUCCAUAACACUUCUGUAAUCUGUAGUUCAGCGUAGCAGUCAUUUUUAGCACAUACUUUCUUCAUGUGUUAAUAUGUCUUACUGAGGUAUAUUUAUAUUUAUAACACAAAUGCCUUUCACCAAACUGGUACUACAAAGAGAGAGAGAAAAAAAACCCUCUAUUUUGCAUACCUAAAGAGAAUUGAAUUAUCUAGAGAUGAAAGUGUAUUUUUAUAAGGCUGUGAAUUUAAAAUGCAAAGGGGAAAAAAGCCCUAUUAAAUUAGGGGUAGCUUUCAUUCCUGUGACUUAUUUCCGAGGCUUUGUAUUAGGCUGACUGAAGUGCCUUGGCCAAGAGGAACAGGCACAUUGCCAGGCAGAGUUGAGCACCAGUAUUGGUGAAAGGAUAAGCAGAGUGUUUGUCUUAUUUGUGAAGGGUCGGAUGCUGGCUGACAAGAGGGCACUGGAGGGCAGCAAAGCAAAACUUUAAACAAAGACACAUCAGUGUCAGGGCAAAGCUUAAGCCUGGAUUAAGUGAAUUGGUUGUUCUUUUAAAGACCUCAUAUUUAACUGUUGGAUGAAUGAUUGCGAGUUUGGCAAUGGGGCCAGUCUUUAGUUUGCUUUUGGAGACAGACCCCACUGAGGCCCUCCAGAAUGUCCCUAUAACUGCCUGCCAGGUCUUCCUUGACCACUAUACCUGUAGAGCUGAGGUUAGAGGACUAAAACAGAGUUUGGUGUCAAAAGAAAAAUGAGCUUAUUUAUGAGAACUUGUUCGGAUUAUCCCGUUCGGACAUACUGUGUACAAUUGUAUACAUGAAGUUCCAUAGCAUGAAGUUCCAUUGCCUUUUUUCCUUGUGUCCGAAGGGGUUAAAGAAAAAUAUAUAUUUUUUUAAGCUAAAGGGUCACAUCAAUGUCCCAAAAGGCCAUUCCUUAAACUGAAGCACUUUUUUUUUAAACUAUAAUGGCAGUUGUCUUGGGUUUAGCCUUUACUGGAACAAUAAUAUUAUUCAGCAAUAUCUUAAACUUACUAUCGGUAAUAAGGGCUUGUUCCUGAUCAAAGCAUCUCACACCCAUCUGUUAACCACUCUUUGAAAUCUGUUCAUUCCUAAAAUCAGCAGGGGCUAUGAGAGACUGUUAUUGCUAAAGAGUUUCUUCUUAUGUUAGCAGGUAUUGGACUACAUUGGCUGUACCAACAUGUAAGAAUUUCCCAUCACAGAUGACCGAGCCUUGAUUGUGCUUGUUAUGCUAAUCAGGUUAUAGUUGGUGGUGAGAGGAGCUUAUUAGGAAAACAGAAACUUAAGGGCUAAUAUAUUGACAUUGCUGCUCAAGAUGUUUGGUAGGGAACAAGCCUAAAGUAAGGAAUUCCAGGCCUAAAAUAGGAACAGUCAGUAUGUUAUUGCCUGCACAAAGAUGAACACAUUCCCAUUCCGUCCAGACUGUGGAUAUGAACAUAAAGGAAUAGAAGUAAUGGCUUUCUUUGACUUUACAUCAGAGUAUGCAAUGUUUGGAGUUCAUGCUGUUAUUUGUGGUGAAAAUGAUUGUACCUGAAAACUGCCAAAAUGUUAGAGAUACACUAAUGUGUGUGAAAUUUCAAAUAAUUGAGUUGUAUUUGCACAAAACUACUGAAACUCCUGUUUUGUCCUGUGACUUAUGCUUUUUAUAAUAUAUAUGUUGUA